AGUGUGAAAAACAUAAAAAAGAAGUGGAAGAUAAAAUAACCGAAAUUAUAAUAACUCAUCUCAACAUAAGUAGAAUUGAAAUCGAAAAAUUAACCACUGUUGGAAAAUUAGACACAAUCUUAAACUUCAUAAAACAAGAAGUAAAAGAAUGUUUAAGAUUACUUGGAAUCCCUUUUCAAACUGGCGAUAGUUUGAUUUCUAUGCUUAAAAAAAUAGUAAAAGCUUGUAAAGAGAUUGGAAUAACCGGCCCCGUUCAAGAAAUGUUAUUAAGAUGUCUAAAAAAGUUAGAUCCUAAAACUCAAAAAAUAAUCCUAAAUCGUUUAAUGGAAAAUUAG